AUGGGCCAUUCGUAUCACUGGUCAAUCGGGAGGUGGAUACAAGUAGGUACCGGGUAACAACUUUUAAAAACUCAAUCCGAGUAUGUAGGACUGGGUACAAUCUCUAUGGAACCUGGAUACUACCGGAGAGGUAUCGCAAUGCUACCGGGUAUGACUUCUGACGAGCAUAUGCUUUCCGGUACCAUGAAAGUAUCUAAUAAACAGCUAUCCGGUAACUAUAGCUGAUUCACGGCCAGCUCGGGGUGCUAGGGGGGGCGUGUCUUGUCUGCGCUCUCCACGAGUCAGGCGCUAUCUCGUGCACUAUCGUGUCAGGACCUUUUUUUGAUGACUCAAGUGAAUCAGCUAUUCCUCAAGAGCGGUCCUUACCCGGUAGCUAUUUGCAUCGACUUCCCAAUUCAUUUUUAUCAACAAGUUUGCGACGCGUUUUUGACACCAAUUCAAAGCCAGAGAUUCUCCUGAUUUUGCUCACGUUUUCCUUUGCAUGCAUAUUGCGAUGCCGCAUCCCGUCGUUUCAAACCGUGAAAAAUCGGUCAUUUUUGAUUUUUCGAGUGAACACUCAGGUGUUUUGUUUUCGUUCUGAGAUUUUCUGGCUGAGUUCAUAAAUCGAUAUUUUGAUAUCGUCCUCAAAAUCCCUCGUCUACUCUCAUCAAAAACCCUCAAACUCGAUUGGUCAAUUUUUUUCCGACUCGAAAAACGAGAUGUGCAAAUUGGCAAGGGUGACAAAUUCUAUAGCCUGUGUACCACGGCUUGGAAUUUCACCAAACGACAUUCCGCUGUGCCGCUGCACGCCUUUGCGAACCUUGGUCGCGCUUUAAAUCUUUUUUUUCUCUUUUCUUAAGGUACUCUACUUUCCUGUGCUCCCACAGCAAUAACAAGCGUGACCAAGAUCCGAAAUACGCUUCGCGAACGCACGCAGCGGAACAGCGGAAUGUUGUUUGGUGAAAUUUCAAGUCGUGUCACACAGACUAUACGAUAUUAAAAUCUCAUUUUACACUUUCUCGAAAAUUACUAAACAAAAGAGCGAAACAUAAUAUGAAAAGGUAGCUCGCAUUUGACUCCGAUUUUUCCGCCAAAAAAGCCGCGUCGCGUACGCAACGCGUCACCCUUGCCGAUCCACCCGUCUCGUCUUUCAAGCCAUGACGACUGUUAUCUAAACGAAUUUCUCACCAGUCCAGAUCGACAUCUUCUUCCUCGACUACAACGACGGCUCCGGGUGCGGCUACAUGCGUGGAUUCUUUGACCAGAAUGGCUGACACGGGAUUCGCGUCCGAGAUGCCCGCUACCUUCAUGUGAGAUUAUUAUCGUUAUUUUUUAAACUCAUGUUUUCAUUCUUUUUUUUGGAAUUCGUGGAUUUUUCUUUUACAUUUUUCGUUCCAAAUCCCUUACAAGGAAGGUAUUUUCACUUUGCGAUUGGGCCCAUUCGACCAGAUAAUGGAAAAUCUGGGAACUUCGACAAAACUCUCUGUUUUUCAAUAAAUAAAGAGAAGACCCAAAAAAAAUUUUUUUCAGUUUUCCGUCUAAUAAGAGAAUACAUUUUCAUUUUGUUUUUUAGGGUGAAUGGGGCGAUGGUAAUGGUUACUUGCACAAUGGCGCCUGAUCCAGCUUGCUCUCAUCUACAAGUAAGUUUUUCUCCAAUUCCAGUCUACUUCAGCUCAAAAAAGGUUUUCAAAAAUGAAACUAUUUCAAUAUUUUCGAAUUAUUUUUUCUUUAAAAAAAAUUCCUACUUGGUACAACCUCACUUCCAAAACUCCGUUCAGUCAUCACCUCAAGCAUUUAAAACUUUACUGGUCCAAAAAAAUUAGCCAUAGUACUCCUUGAUGUCUAUGAAAGUCUUGCGAACAGUCUCAGUUUUCGAGAAAAAAAGCCACAAAGCCAAAGAAAAAGUUUCUUCUCAGACAACUCAUAAAGUUUUGAGUGGUUUUCUUGAAAACUAGAAAAUUGUUCCAGUUGUGACUUCACUUGAUUCAACGAACGUCAGGACUUUUUGGACAGCUUGAAAGUCAGAGAUCAAGUUUGUAAAUUAUUGAAAUAUAAGCAAAUAAAUAAAUACUUUCAAUAGAAUCCGAGUUACUCUUAUUAUAUUUCCAAUUUUUCGCGCCUGUAAUUUUGUAUCAGUUCCAAAAAAAUAAAAUAAAAAAGGCGAAAAAAAGAAUGUAUCAAUUUUUUUAAGAACUCCAAAGUGGUCCCUAUAGGGAUCAACCUUAGGGUCUCGUGGAGGGACCAGUUUCCCAACCCCUAUAGGGGCAACUAAAGCUUGCAAAAGUGGUCCCUACACGGUUUUCAGUUAGUGGCCCAUGUAGGGGACAUGCUAGUCGAUAAUUGUUAUGAACUCUAAGCAAAGAAGCAUUUCCAUGGUAGAAAAUAACGGGAUAAGCGUUUUUGAAUGAAAUUGAGGGACCCCUAUAGGCUUCACUUGAGCUUUUAGGGGCUCAGAGGUCAGACCCUAAACCCCUUUAGGGACCACUUUUUCGACCCCUACAAGGGUAGUUUUUUUUCCUAACCUCUCUUUAGGGGUUGUUUUUCCGUUUAACCCCUAUAGGGACCACUCUGCAAUUCCUAAGUUACGAUUUUCCGGGUCUGCGAAACUUUUCGAAGAAGAUAGGAAAAAGGGGAAAAAAGAGUUUCAUGAAAGUCCCUGAAAUACAGUUUCCCAAAGUUUAAUUCUUUUUUUAAGGUCUACACUCCAGAAAACCAACAGAUUGUAAUAGCUCAGGUUCCUAGUACAUUUGACUGCAUCAAUAAUCAAAUCUCGUUCAUGGGAGUGUAAGUUGUUCUUUACAGAAAAAAAAAUGAAUAAAAUUGAAAGUUUUCAGCGUUUUCGACGGCAUCUUUUGCGUCUACCUCUGCUAA